GAAACCAUCGGCCUUUUCUGCUUAGCCUGACCAUGGCUGGCUCUAAUCUUCUCAGUCCUUAUCAUCCCACCGGAAAACCUUCCAAACCCUUUACCGGUGCCUCCACUUUCUGCUUCAAAAGAAGCUACUCCUUAGCCCUUAUUCUCUUCCUCUGUGGCAUCUCUUACCUCUUCGGCGCCUGGCAACAAGGUGGCUGGGCUAUCGGCACCCGCUUAUCCACUACCACCCCCACCACAACCGCCGCCACCAGGAUCAUAUGUAAUACAACCCAAAACUCAUCACCCUCAAAAAACUUAGAUUUCUCCUCCCACCAUGCGGCGAACUCCGACGAGGUGGCCGUGAAAACCUACCCGCUUUGCGAUGCCAAAUACAGCGAAUACACCCCAUGUGAAGACCCAGACAGAUCGUCGAAUUUCAAACGGAGCAGGAUGAUAUUCAGGGAGAGACAUUGUCCGAAGACAGAGGAGUUGCUGAAAUGUCGGAUACCGGCGCCAUACGGAUACAAGAACCCGUUCCCGUGGCCGCAGAGCAGGGAUCUGGCGUGGUUCGAUAACGUACCGCACAAGGAGCUGACAGUGGAAAAGGCGGUGCAAAAUUGGAUCAGGUACGAAGGGAACAAGUUCAGAUUCCCGGGUGGCGGGACCAUGUUUCCAAAUGGUGCGGAUGCCUACAUCGACGAUAUCGGAAAGUUGAUCAAUCUCAGGGACGGGUCCAUACGGACGGCGCUCGACACCGGUUGUGGAGUAAGCAUUCCUUUCGACAUGGCUCACUGCUCUCGCUGCCUCAUCCCAUGGCACAAAUACGAUGGGGUCUUUUUGAUUGAAGUGGAUCGGGUUCUGAGACCCGGCGGGUACUGGAUUCUAUCGGGUCCUCCGAUCCGGUGGAGGAAAUAUUGGAAAGGGUGGGAAAGAACGAAGGAGGAUUUAAAUGAAGAACAGGUCAACAUUGAGAAAGUAGCGAAGAGCCUGUGCUGGAAAAAGUUUGUGGAAAAAGACGAUAUUGCCAUUUGGCAAAAGCCCUUGAAUCAUUUUAAUUGCAAAACCAACCCCAACAAUAACCCGAAUCCGAGUUUCUGCCCCACCCAGGAUCCGGAUAAAGCCUGGUAUACUGAUUUGGAAACUUGUUUGACCCGUUUACCCGAAGUUUCCGAUGAUCAAGAAGUGGCUGGUGGAGCGGUGGCAAAGUGGCCAAAGAGGCUGAAUGCGAUCCCACCCAGGAUCAGGGAGGGAGCGGUGAAAGGGGUGACGGUGGAGAAUUUCGAACAGGACUUAGAACUGUGGAAGAGGAGAUUGUCUUAUUACAAGACUGUGAACAAUCAGUUAGGACAAGGUAAAAGGUACAGGAAUAUUUUAGACAUGAAUGCUAAUUUGGGAGGCUUUGCUGCUGCCCUAGUGGACGAUCUGGUGUGGGUCAUGAAUGUGGUUCCGGUGGAGGCCAAUGUUAAUACACUUGGAGUUAUCUACGAAAGGGGACUCAUCGGAACAUAUCAAGAUUGGUGUGAAGCCAUGUCGACUUAUCCUAGGACUUAUGACUUCAUUCAUGCUGAUUCUGUGUUUAGCCUCUAUGAGAACAACUGUGAGAUGGAAGAUAUAUUGCUGGAGAUGGAUCGGAUUUUGAGACCAGAAGGCGGCAUCAUCAUCCGAGAUGAUGUUGAUAUGGUGGUGAAGAUCAAGAGGAUAACAGACGGACUGAAAUGGGACAGUCAGAUUGUUGAUCAUGAAGAUGGACCUCUAGUCAGAGAGAAACUCUUUUUUGCAGUGAAGGUGUAUGAAACAGUUCAUACUACUGCAGACCAAACAUCUUGAACAACAUUUCUGCUUUGUUGCCCGAAAUUCAACUUAAUUAACAAAUCAAUAGGAUUUUUUUUUUUUUGUUUUCAAUUAUUCGAUUUGGUUUUUUAUCUCUAUUUUCAAUUUUUUUUUAUAAUAAUACUAAAUUGUACUUUGUCUUUUGUAAAAGUGUUUGUUCGGAAAAAUAAUAAUAAAUUAAAUUUUGUAGU